AUGUUAGCACAGUUUCAAUCGCUGGAUUUUACCGUAACCCCUAACAGCUCCUUGGAUUGGUUUUCGGUGUUCAAAUGGUUUUAUGAUUGCAAUUUCUUUGACGAAACUAUCGAAGAAGAAUGUGCCCUUCGUCUAGAGGGAAGCUCAACAGUCGAAUUUUGGGAUAAGAGAAUAGUAACUUGUGCGUUAGAGAUUGUUCGUUUUCAUGGGGUUCCUUUGUCUAUUAUUUCUGAUCAAGAUUUGAGGAUCAAGACAACAAAAGUCCGAGGCCUCUGCACCCUUCUCUCAGGAAACUGUACUGAAGAAGUCAUCUGGGAUUACACUCCAAGGGGAAAACGCACAUGUUAUGGUGAUUUAACAGUAACUGACAUAGCUGCUCAUCCAAGACAUAGGAAGCAAAUGAAACCUCAUCAAUUAGAGGGCUUUAAUUUUCUACUGAACAAUUUGGUAACAGAGAACCCUGGAGGCUGCAUCCUGGCCCAUGCACCUGGAUCUGGAAAGACGUUUAUGAUAAUCAGCUUCAUGCAAAGUUUCCUAGCCAAAUAUCCACAUGCUAAACCACUAGUUGUUCUUCCAAAAGGUAUCUUGGCUACAUGGAAAAAGGAAUUCCGAACGUGGCAAGUAGAGGAUAUUCAACUGCUUGAUUUUUAUUCUGUGAAAGCUGAAAAUAGGUCUCAGCAAUUGGAGGUGUUGAAGCAGUGGGUUGAGAGCAAGAGUAUCCUUUUUCUGGGGUACAAGCAGUUCACUACCAUAAUUUGUGAUGGUGGAACCGGCAAGAUUCCUGCUUCUUGCCAGGAGAUACUGCUCAAAGCACCUUCAAUUCUAAUUUUGGAUGAAGGCCACACACCAAGGAACGAAAACACUGAUGUGUUACAAUCACUUGCAAAAGUGCAAACACCUCGAAAAGCUGUACUUUCAGGACUCUAUCAAAAUCAUGUCAAAGAGGUAUUCAGCAUAUUGAACCUAGUUCGACCGAAGUUUCUUAGAUCAGACUCUUCGAAAUUAGUAAUGAGGUGGGUAAUGAGCAAGGUGCAAAUACCUGGAGGGAGGAGGCAGAUCAAAGCUGGAGCAGAUGCAGCUUUUUAUGAUUCGGUGGAGCACACACUGCAGAAGGAUGAAAAUUUUGAGAGGAAAGUCUCAGUCAUACAUGAUCUACGUGAAAUGACCAGCAAAGUUCUUCAUUGCUACAAAGAAGGAGCCAAAGCAAAAUUAUUCCUUAAUAUGUUAAAUUUAUGUGAGUCAGCUACUGAGAAGCUCAUUGUUUUUAGUCAGUAUCUCAUCCCCUUACUAUUUUACUAUGUUUUUAUUGAUCACCGUGUUCUGAAUCUGUCUGCUUCUGGUGCUUCCGGCUCUUCUCCAUAA